AAAAAAAAUAAAACAAAAAAACAACACAAAACAAACAAAAGAGCAACAUUAGCUUUUACGCACAUAGCUUAACCACCGGGGCAACAGCAGCGGCGGCCUCCACCCCUCUGUCAUUUAUUUUUAUGUUUUUCAGCGUCACAUCCCCCUGGCCGGAGGAAUGUAGAGACGGAGUGCUUUAAAAAUAGCAUCCUCUCUUCUGACAGCGCUGCUCCGGUGGCUCCGCUCCACUGUGGUGCGAGAAGCAGGAAUGCGAAGAUGGCUACAGACCUGGGAGAGCUGCUGGUCCCGUACAUGCCCACCAUCAGAGUCCCCAGAACAGGAGACAGGGUUUACAAGAGCGAGUGUGCCUUCUCCUUCGACUCCCCCGAGUCUGAAGGAGGCCUGUAUGUGUGUAUGAACACAUUCCUGGGCUUUGGAAGAGAACAUGUGGAGAGGCAUUAUCGCAAAACAGGACAGAGUGUUUACAUGCACCUCAAACGACACAUCAAAGAAAAAGCCACAGGAGCUGCAGGAGGUGCCAUCCCCAGACGAAGAAAUGGAAAAGUGUUUCUAGAUUUAGAGCUAAAUCGCGAUUUUAAUGGAGAGGACUAUGAAUAUGAAGACGAGGCCAAGCUGGUCAUUUUUCCAGACCACUUCGAGAUCCCAUUACCAAAUAUUGAGGAGUUGCCUGCUCUGGUGACCAUCGCAUGUGAUGCUGUGCUCAAUGCACCAUCAGCUUACAAGAAGCAAGAGCCUGAAUCUUGGGAGGAAGAGAUCCAGGUGUCCAGACAUGCCAGGAGCCUCCGACAGCUGGAUAAUGGAGUCCGGAUCCUACCAAGUGGCUGGAAAUGUCAGAAGUGUGAGAUGAGAGAAAAUCUGUGGCUGAACCUGACAGAUGGAGCAGUGUUCUGUGGGAAGUGGUUCUUUGAUGGGAGUGGAGGUAAUGGUCAUGCUCUGGAUCACUACAAAGAGACCAACUACCCCUUGGCUGUUAAACUGGACACCAUCACCCCAGAUGGAGCAGAUGUCUAUUCAUUUGAAGAAGAAGAAGCUGUGUUGGAUCCCCACAUAUCAGAUCAUUUGUCACAUUUUGGAAUUGACAUGCUGCAAAUGCAGAAAAGAACAGAGAAUGGCCACCACACAGACAAUAACGCCCGGCCACGGGUCAGCGAAUGGGAGGUGAUCCAGGAGUCGGGCAUGAAGCUGAAGGCGGUGUUUGGGUCUGGUUACACGGGCGUUAAAAACCUGGGCAACAGCUGCUACAUGGGCACAGUAAUGCAGGUUCUCUUCAGCAUCCCAGACUUUCAGAGAAUGUAUGUGGGAAAUCUUCAGAGGAUAUUUGACUAUUCACCUCUUGACCCCACCCAGGACUUUGCCACACAAAUGGCUAAACUGGGACAUGGACUGCUCUCAGGCCAGUACUCCAAACCACCCAUGAAAUCUGAGCUCAUUGAACAGGUGAUGAAAGAAGAAUACAAGGUAUUAAACUGGCAACAGCAGAACGGCAUCUCACCCCGGAUGUUCAAGGCCUUGGUCAGCAGAGGACACCCGGAGUUUUCAUCCAACAGACAACAAGAUGCCCAUGAGUUCUUCCAGCACUUCAUCAACCUGGUGGAGAGGAACAGUGCUGGCUCUGAAAAUCCCAGUGACGUCUUUCGCUUCCUGGUAGAGGAGCGAGUUCAGUGCUGCCAAACCCGUCGGGUGCGUUACACUCAGCGGGUGGACUACUGCAUCCAGCUGCCAGCCCCUAUCGAAGCUGCCACAAACCGAGAGGAGCUUCUUGCAUACGAGGCCAAGAGGAAGGAUGCUGAAGAGAACAUGCGGGCUCCUCCUGAGCCGGUGAGAGCUCGGAUCCCCUUCACAGCCUGUCUGCAGGCCUUCACAGAGCCCGAAAACGUUCCUGACUUCUGGAGCUCAGCGCUACAGGCCAAAUCAGCCGGAGUUAAAACUUCACGCUUUGCCUCUUUCCCAGAGUAUUUGGUUGUGCAGAUCAAGAAGUUCACAUUUGGAGUUGACUGGGUUCCAAAGAAACUAGAUUUGGCCAUUGAUGUCCCAGACUUUCUGGAUCUGAACCGGUUGCGGGCCACGGGGCUACAGGCAGGCGAGGAAGAGCUGCCUGACCUCAUGCCUCCAAUCGUUCUGCCUGAAGACACCAGAGAUAACUCCAUGAGCUCCAUAGACUCUCCAGAAAUAGACGAGGCGGCGGUGUUGCAGCUGGCAGAGAUGGGCUUCCCACUGGAGGCCUGCAGGAAGGCAGUCUACUACACAGGCAACAUGGGCCCUGAGAUGGCCUUCAACUGGAUCAUAGCCCACAUGGAGGAGCCUGACUUUGCAGAGCCUUUGGCUCUGCCCUCCAUGAUGGAUCCUGGUCCCUCCUCCAGUGACAGCCCCAUGGGGGCCACCCCUCUUGACAAUUCCCCCCCUGAAGAGAGCAUUGCCAUCCUCACAUCAAUGGGCUUCCCCCGCAUCCACAGCAUCCGAGCCCUCAAAGCCACGAACAAUAAUCUUGAGCGAGCACUCGAUUGGAUCUUCACUCACCCUGAGGAGGAGGAGAGUGACACUUUGUCAGACAUGGCCGACACAGAGCCCAAUGACCACGCCUUCUCCAACGCCAACUCGCACAGCGACUCCACACUGUCCCCAGACCGGGACACGUCAGGCCCUCGAGUCAAAGAUGGACCAGGACGUUAUGAACUCUUUGCCUUCAUCAGCCACAUGGGAGCAUCCACAAUGUCAGGACAUUAUGUCUGCCACAUCAAGAAGGAGGGGAGGUGGGUUAUUUACAACGACCACAAAGUGUGUUUGUCAGAAAGGCCUCCAAAGGACUUGGGUUACAUCUACUUUUACCAUCGACUGUCUAGUAGUUAAGCUACAGUACCCCAUGCCCAACACAGCGCAACCUUUGAGCACCAUGGUCUUCAACCCAGAGACUGGAAGAAGACACUGGAACAGUGGAAGCAAUGGAAACAACCUCUAAGACCAGCUACUCGCCUUACCACCGUGUCAUUCGGAACAACCAGGAAUACUGGUCAGGAAGGGAAAGCAAUCUGCUUUUUGUGCAUUUGUGUUUUGUUAUGCUUUAAAUGUGUAUUUCAGUGUUUAUGUAAAAGAAAAAAAGGAUGUUUUCCUUCAGUUUAGGUACAGAGGGACAUGUGCAAUUACCACUACUGGAAUGCUCUGUACACAUCCUAAUGCCGCAUAUCAAAUCUCACUGUUCCUUCAAAAUGCCUUUUGCUACUGUGCCCAUAUUUUCCAAGUGGUACAUUUUAUAAAUGUAGAUUGAAAUGGCAGUGCUUCACUGCCAGCCAUGAAAUGCUCUGAAACUGCAAGAGCAAACAGCAAAUUACUGUUAUGCCUGUACCUUUGAAUUGAAGUCACAAUGGAAAUGAAUGUUCCUCGUCCUCGGGAAAUGGAAGGGACAUAAAGAAUUCAAAUGGUUUGUUUGACACUGGACAAACUCACCCACAUAGGUACAAGUAUGAGAAUGAAGGAGAAGCACCAAGAAGGCACUGACUAGGUGUAAAAUAGAUGCUGUUGAACAUGCAGUGUUACUGGCUGAACAGUGGCUCUGACCUGCCCCACUUUAGCUCAGCAGUGACGCAAGUAACUAAAGAUUUAUUUAGAACUCUUUGCAAGUUUGUUAAUUUUAAUAGAAACAGUCCUCACUGGCAGAGCUAUCAAAACACAACUAUUUUUCUUUCCCUGAAAGCACUUUUGACUAAAAAGAGUUCAUAUUUUGCACUUGAUGCAAUUUUUUCACCAGCUCUGAGCAUGUGAAUCUUACUUUUAGGCAUCAGUACUGCUCAGAAUAUGACUCGCUGAACUGGCUCUUUCUUUGAGAUUCAUCAGUGAGUGCACAUGUACACUGAAUCAUGUAAUUAAUUUCAAUUAUUUUUGCCCAAAUGGCUGAAUACUUACAGACCCUGCUAAGCUGCAGCUGCUCCACUUCGAUUCCAUUACCACUUAGAGACAACUUUUAAAGUUUAUGUCUCCCUUCAGAAGGUGAAUUCAAUCUGCUGCCACAUUUCACAUGUCGAUGAAUUCAUUUAUGCAUCUCAACUUCUCUUAAAGCAAUAUGCACUAUUUAAUCACAUCUAGUGUGAAUAACGCUGGCUUCACCGUGACCCGUGACGCUGGUCCUCAUGGUGCAGCGCUGAAUGUACGACUCACCGGUGCUCAACCAAAAACCUACACUUUAGCUUCAACCCUCAGAGAUGACAACAGUGAAAGUACAACUCUUAAGUCACUAUAACCUCAUUAAUGACUGUGUAGUAAAUAAACCCCUUAUACUCAUGUUCAGGAUCAUUCAAAUACUAAUGUAAAUGUACUCGAUUACACUGAUGCUCCAUAGUGAUGGUGUCAUUUCCACGUAUAGAGGAUGCAUUUGAUGACUCCGGCAUGUGGUGCUGCAUUUACAGGUGCACUUUUAAAGGGGAGCCCUGUUGACUUAUUCUGCAAAAAUAGAUUCUAAAGAUGGCCAUCACUUGUAGAUUUUUCAGCAUUACUGUUGCUCUGGGAGUCAACAAGAGGACAGUUCAUCAAUCUCACUGUGUCUUUGUGGGUUCUCUCUGGCUACUCCGGCUUCAUCCCACUGUACAAAGAUGUGCACUGAAAUAGGUGAAUUGGUCAUGGAUGGUUGUUCAUCAGAUUGUGUCAGCCCUUUGAUGAACUCCCAACAUGUCCAGGGUGAACCCUGUCUUCACCUGCUGGUUGCCGGGAUAGACUCUGGCACUGUUGUGACCCUCUGGAGGACUAAGCAGUUUGGAAAAUGAAUGAAUGGGAAACGUUCAAAUAUGUUUUUGUUCUUAUAAUAGUCUUUAAAAAUGUGUUUCAACUGUCUCAGGUAAUGUGUCUCACAUGUCACAGCCAUAUGGAGAACUGAAGCUUCCACUAUAAUACAGACAUGGAACUGACUCAAUAAAAUAAUCAUUAAAAUAAAUAAAGUCAUUUAGGUCUCAGUUAGCUUAGAAUUAGAUGUUUUAUUAAAAAAAAUACACUGGGAAAUAAGAAAAAACGUUAGAAAAGUUUAGGCGUGUCUAGCGCCGUCUUCAUCAUUGUCUUUGUCAUCGUCGUCGGUAGCAAUUUCUUUAAACAUCUCCUCUAACGUUCUCCAGUGAAAGUACCACCCACUUCUGUUGGGAGAUUGAUCUUGUACAUCAAGGCCACAGGACUCUAACAUAGAACAGAACCUGUCAACCUUACAAAUUCGACGGUAUUGAUUCUGAUAGAACAGGAUACAGACAUACAGGGACAUUGGAACUAUUUUUAUUGAUAUAUUUUUCUAUUUCUGUUUAUUUUCAAAGUAAUUAUGUAAUUUCUUCCUAAAUUUUGUUCUUUAUUUAUUUUGUUGUCGUAUUGUGUUGAGUAAUUCUGUCGUAUGGUGGUCGUCUCCAUUCUCCUCACGGCUGUCACACUGUGAAGACACAUGUCUUGUAGUAGUUGACAUCUCCUCUGCAGAAUGAAUAGAUUAGGGCUCCCUUUUAACAACAACACUGUGCCUCAACUUCACAUCGAACAUGUGCCGACCUCGACUCGUCCAGACUCUACUUGAUGAACUGCUGCAGUGUUUGUGGCCUAUACACUGAGCAGUUCCUGAGGUUACCUCUAUGCAAGUCUCCUGUUUCUGCUGUUCUUCCUCUUAAAACUGAGUUUAUUUUUUAUCUCCAACACCAAAUGUUCUCCGUUCUGACCCCGGCUUCUCAUCCACAUCCUCUCAGUUUGUCAUCAAUAGACAAGUGAUCCAACAUAUUGUGAAUGUUCUCAGAAACCCUGUGCAAUUGAUCUUGUAUUUUGGCACCUUUUGUUUCCUUCACCUGCUGAUGACUGCUGCUUUGUUGUAUGUUUUGUUGUUGUCCUGCUUUCCCUCCAGCUCGGCCUCUUUCGUUCUUUGUAGAAACAUAUUGUAGUGGUUCAAUUUGUCUCUAAAAGGCUUCUACACUGUCAGCAUGUGCACUAAACAUUGACAUUUAGUCAUUUGGAUUGUACAACUGUACUCUUUUGUGAGUUUUAUUCUCUUUUUUCAUUUAACUAAAUGUCAAAAAAGUUCUUCACCUGUUUUUACUCUGUUGCCUUUUUGCAAAACAAGUUUGUGCCAAUUUCUUUAGUUUUCAUGACAUAGAAGGGAUUAUUUAAAGUUGACUUUUGUAAUGUAUGCAUUUAUCCAAAUACAGCUUAGGUGGAUGUGAAUAGAGUCAUGACAGUAUAUUCUAUGGCACUGUUUCCUUGCUAUGUUUGGAUAAAUAAAUAAGUAAAUAA